UCUUAAUGAUGUGACAACUCUCGGAGUUUUUAAUUAUUUUUGUUAUUUUGAAAAAAAAUUUUAAAUAAAUAUCUAGGUGCAUUACAAAAAUGGAGGCUGUACCGCGUUUACCGAUGAUAUCAUUUGAUUUAAAAUUAAGCCCAGAACGAGCUACAUUUGGACCAAAAUUAAAACAAUAUAUUGCUGAUGCAUACAAUGAAGAUCCUGAAAGUUAUGCAAAUGAAAUUCGACAAUUGGAGACGUUACGUCGAUCUGCGGUCCCACCAACGAUUGAUGUAACCGGCGUUCAAACUUUGAAACGCUAUUUUUGUCAGUUACAUUUUUUACAGUCACGAUUUCCAAUGGGUAAAGGAGAUGUAGCUGCCGUUACAUUUUCAUGGCGUGACAUUUAUGCAAGUAUGGUUUGUUCAUUAGCGGAUAUCAAAUUUGAGUUAGUAUCGAUAUUGUACAACAUUGGGGCGUUGCAUACGCAAUUGGGAGCAAUGGAUUCACGGACCACAUCCGAUGGCAUGAAAAUGACUUGUACUCAUUUUCAAUGUGCAGCUUGGGCUUUUCAACACUUACGUCAAAAUUAUCCACAACCAGCGGGUGUUGAUUUAGCUCCUGAAGUUAUGCAAUAUAUGCAUCAAUUAUGUUUAGCGCAAGCACAAGAAUGUAUCUUAGAAAAAAGUAUGUUGGAUAAUCGUAAGGCAACAAUUAUCGCAAAAGUGGCCGUACAAGUUGUGGAUUAUUAUAAUCAAGCAUUAAAUACAUUAAAUAUGGGUGGAGAUGAAGGUUCUAUUGCGGAAACUGUGGGAAGUAAAAUUUUUAAAGAAUGGACGAAAUAUUUAAAAUUUAAAAUAGCGUAUCAUACCUGUAUUUCUCUACUAUACCAAGGCCAACAAUCUGAAGAACAACAAAAAAUGGGUGAACGUGUUGCGUUCUACCACGCUGCCAGUCAAGAAUUAGAAAAUGCACGAAAAUUAUCAAAAGGCUUAGAUAAGAACGAUGCCAUCAUGGAAGCAAUUGCAUUUACAAUGGACGUGGUCGAAGGUAAAAAGAAAGCAGCAACCAAUGAAAAUGAGUUCAUUUACCACGAAGAAGUUCCGGAACGUGACACUUUACAAUUAGUCAAAGGUGCAUCACUUGUAAAAGGAAUACCUUUUAAUUUUAAUGAUAUAGAAGUUUCCGGGCCGGAUAUAUUUGGACGUUUAGUACCCAUGCAAGCACAUGAAGCAUCGUCGAUAUACAGCGAAGAAAAAGCUCAGUUAUUACGUAAAGUCACUCAACAAUGUGAGGAAAAAGAUCAAAGUUUAACUGCUUAUGUGCAAUCAUUACAAUUGGAGGCAAUUGAACAAGCUGCGCAAAUUAUUAUCAAUGGAGCUAAAAUGACUGAUUUGCCACAAGAGGUUGUUGAUCGUGCAGCGCAAUUAAAUGCCAAUGCUGAUGCCAUAACACAUCUUGUUCAAGCUAUGGCCACACUUGCAAAUUUAUAUCAUGAUGUGGAAUCGAUGCUGGAUGAAAUUCAGCAAUAUUUUAAUGAAGAAGAACAUCGAGAACAAGAGUAUCAGAGCGCAGUGGGUACACGACCACCGAGUAUGGUUGCAACUGAAUUAAAACGUGAAGCGGGUAAAUAUCGAGAGGCACAUACUAAAGCGAAUGAGUCCAACCAAACGUUACAUCGUGCCAUGACUUUACAUGUGAAUAAUCUUAAGUUGCUACAACUCCCAUUGGAUGAGCUGCGUCAACAUAUUCCAACUUUAAAAAUGCCCGAUCCUAAUAUUAAUGUGGAUGCUGUUAAGGAACUACAUAUGCUAAUAAAUAAAAUUGAUGAAAUGCGGAAACAACGUGUUACAUUAUUAGCGCAACUACGUGAAUCGAUUACAAAAGAUGAUGUCACUGAACAUAUUGUUACAAAACCAUCGGAUCAACCAUUGGAUGCAUUAUUUGAGCAAGAAAUGCAAAAACAUCAACAUAUUGUCAAAUUAAUCGAACAGAAUUUAGUGGCGCAAGAUAAUAUAACGCAAGCAAUGACGGAUGCAUAUGCACGUCAUAGUAACACACGGAAAACAAUCAUUGAUUUGUUAAAACAUCGUGAAACAACAGUACAUGCUUUAUCUUCGUCGUACGAUGCAUACGAAGAUUUAUUAUCUAAAGCAAAUAAGGGAAUCGAUUUUUAUAAAAAAUUAGAAACAAAUGUAUCCAAAUUAUUACAACGUGUAAAAAGUACAUGCAAAGUACAGUCAGAAGAACGUGAUACAAUUUUGGCUAAAAAUAAACCAACAACACCAGUGAUAGAAAGAGAAAGUGGAGGAAGUACAAUAAAUACUAGUACUGGUGGAAGUGGUGGGGGCUAUAAAUUAAAAGAUUAUUUGGCAUCAAUGAAACGUGGUGGAGUAGAUUCAACCACACCAACACCAUACCCAUAUAAUUAUCCAGGAGUAAUUCCACAAAAUGUAGAUGUACAACAAGUAGUACCAUCAGUUAGACCUGCUCCAGUGGGAUCAGAAGGAACAAAUGAAGUUAUGACAAAAGUUGAUGAUAAAACUACAUACCCACCUUCGUCAUAUCCCACAAAUUAUUAUUAUCAAAACCAAACUGCAACAGAUGCAUCGAAAAAAAGUCUGGAAGAACGUAUGGCAGCAUUAAUGUCAAAACCAAAUACAUAUUAUCAAAAUUAUUCUCAAUAUCCUGGAGCAACUGGUGCUAAUCCAUAUUACGGACAACAACCUUAUUCAACAUCACAACUUUAUAAUCAUUAUGGACAAAAUAUUUCUACUUAUACAUCGACACAAACUACCCCCACUAAUUACUCAACGACACCUUCCUCAGGUGGUGCAAAUUUACAAUCUCCGACAGGAAAUGAUUCCCAACAGUACAAUUCUCUGGCAGCAACUCCACAACAUUAUCAAAUUUCAUCUCAGCGAUACGCUACGUCACAGCCAAACUAUGCUCCUUCAACUUCACAACCACAGUACGCUCCCUCAACUUCACAGGCGCAGUAUGCUGCCCAAGCAUCACAGCCUCAAUAUGCUCCCUCAACGUCACAGCCCCAGUACCCUCCAUCAACAUCACAGCCGCAAUACUCACCAUCUAUGGGACAGUAUCCAUCACAAUAUUCGACGAAUACGCCACAACCUCCGGCUGGAGGUCAUCAAACGUCUACAUCAUUGCCUCAACAGUAUCCUACAAAUUACCCUUCAGGAAAUCAAUCACAAUAUCCCAGUAAUUACCCAACAGUGACAUCAGCCAAUCAAUCACAGUAUCCUAAUAAUUAUGCUACAAUGAAUCCUACCAAUCAAUCCCAAUAUCCAGCAAAUUAUGCUCCAAGUACAUCAACAAAUCAAACACAAUAUUCGAAUAAUUAUCCGACGGUGACUUCUGCAAAUCAAUAUCCUGGUAGCUAUCCCACAGUGACAUCAAUAAAUCAAACUCAAUAUCCUAACAGCUAUCCUGUAGUUACAUCUACAAAUCAAGUACAAUACCCUUCUAAUUACCCUACAGGUACGUCAGCAAAUCAAACACAAUAUCCUGCUAAUUAUGCCACAGGUACACCGGCCAAUCAAACGCAAUAUCCCACGAAUUAUCCUACAGUAACAUCAGCAAAUCAAACACAGUACCCUACAAAUUAUUCCACAGGUACACCAGCAAAUCAACAACCACAAUACCCUGCCAAUUAUCCUACAGUUACAACACCCUCUAAUUAUUCUACAGGUACACCGGCUAAUCAAACACAAUACCCCGUUAAUUACUCUACUGCUUCAACACCAAAUCAAAUGCAAUAUCCCAGUAAUUAUCCAACAGUUACAUCAGCAAAUCAAACUCAAUAUCCUGCUAAUUAUUCCACAGGAACGCCAACAAAUCAAACACAGUAUGCUGGAACUUAUCCUACAGUGACUUCAGCAAAUCAAACACAGCAUCCUGCCAACUAUCCUACCGUAACUUCAACAAAUCAAACUCAAUAUCCUACAACUUAUCCCACGGGUACUUCAGCAAAUCAAACACAAUAUCCUGGAAGUUAUCCAUCAGUAACUGUAGCAAGCCAAACACAGUAUCCUGCGAAUUAUCCUGCAACAACACAAUAUUCCAAUACUGCUUAUCCUACCACAAAUAAUGUGGGACAACAAUAUUAUUAUCAACAAAGUUAUACACAUCCAGGUUAUGGAUACGAUUCAGCUACUGGUCAAUAUGUCUACAGCAGUGGAUUUCAAAAUACAAAUUUAACAAAUCAACAACAACCUUCCACGUCGGACGCUACACCUGGUGCAACGAUAUCCGCAACUCUUCAAAAUAAUUAUGCAACAACACCUGGACAAAUAUAUGCGAAUGCUGGAUCAUAUAACACAACACAAACUCCAUCCGAACAAUAUACAGCAACCUCAACAGAUGGUAAUGGAACAACAGGCACAUCAAAUUAUUACUCUCCGCCAUAUGGACAAAAGUAUUUAACUAAUGGAACACAACCUCAAACCCCGAUGACCUACAUGAAUUCGAAUACAUCAAAUAUUAAUAAUACUGUGGCAGUAACCACGGUGGUUACAUCAACACAAGAGGAGACUAAUCGUGCUGUAAACAGAAAACAAGAAUCAAAUAUUGAUUUAUUGGCUGAUAUUGAUUUUAAUAUUCCAUAUACACCAUUAACGCCCCAAAGUAAAUAUACGGUUAUUGAACAACCAAAAGUUGAGCAACAACAAUCAUCGCAAAAUAUCGACAGCACUUCGUCUUCUUCUAUUGAUAAGAAAACCGAACAAAUUUUAUCAACGACAACAAUGAAAAAAGAAGAAACAAAAUCAACAGUUCCACCAAAAGAUCCAUUAAAUGAUCCAGAAAUAUUAAAUCAAUUUACGCAAGAAGUGGAAAAAUUUGAAAAAUUUGUUGAAAAUUUAACAAAUAAAACGCUAAAUGGACCAACACCCUUAGAUUUGAAAUGGAAAGAAUUACAAGAUUUACAGGAUAAAGAUUGUUUACAAUUGAACAUAUCGGUUGCAAGAUGUUAUCCAAUUAAAAAUCGUUAUCCAGAUAUUUUACCCUUUGAUUAUUCACGGGUGGAAUUACCAUCCACAAAAGAUGAUUAUAUUAAUGCAUCACAUGUGAAGAAUAUUACUCCAUAUACACCGUCAUUUAUAUUGACGCAAGCGCCAUUACAAACAACAUUAUCUGAUUUCUGGACAAUGAUUUGGGAACAACAGUGUGAGCUUAUUGUUUGCUUACUGAAUGAUUCAGAGCUACAAGAUGUUUAUUUCCCGAGAGGAAAAGGUGAAGAUUUGAUAUUUGGACGUUUUCGAUGCAGUUUAGAAAGUAUUAAUGUGAAAGCUCAUUCAAUUGAGCGUACGAUUACAAUGUGUAUGCUUGAAACAAAAAUGACUCGAGUUAUCAUACAUCUACAAUUUAUUUCAUGGCCUGGAAUAUCAUUCCCAGCAUCUCCAGGACCGUUUUUAUCAUUUGUGUGUGAAGUAUUAACAUUCCAUAAUCAUCAGCGAUCAAAAGACCAUCCUGUAGUUGUACACUGUGAUUCGGGAAUCGGUCGUAGUGGUUUAUUAUGUUUAUUGGCUGCGUACAUUAUACAACCUGCACCAUUACCAGAUAUCGUUAAGUUGGUGGCACGUAUAUCCCAACAUCGUAAACAGUCGUUACGUGAUCGUGAACAUUUGAAAUUCGCAUAUCAAGCGGUGCUAUAUCAUGCACAAGAUUUGCUAAUGAAACGUGGCAUUUUAACAUCACGAUCCAGUUUUGAAGAAUCGAUAACCAAAAAAACACAUACACGUCAUCCAUCACAAGAUUUAUUAUUGGGACCACAAAAUAUUGAACGUCCCAACAGUCAAGCCAGCAGUGAAUAUUCGUCAAAGCGCCGUGAUAGUAAUAUUUCACAAACAUCUACAACAUUAUCUGGUCGCAGCUCCCCAACAGAUUUCCAUAAGAAAGGAAAAUUAAAAGAUUUAAAAUCGUCAUCGUUAGAUCCUUUAAGCUCAUUAGAUCCAUUAUGGAGUUUACGACAAUCGGAGCAACAAUAACAGUUUUUAUAAAAAAUAUUCGCAUUUUAUCAUCAUCUAUUUCAUCUCUAGUUAUUAUGUUUUGUAAUAAAUAUUUAUUCGAAAAUUUAUAAGAGCUUUUAUAAUAUUCUAUCAAUUUUUUGGUACGAAAAUUUUGUUCAGUAAUUUAUUGUUGCCAUAUUUAACUUAGGGUGCAUUCUAAGAGACAGAACCUAUUGAGACUGGAAAUUUUGAUUGAGUGAUAAAUUUUUAUACGUAAACUAUUAAAGCAUUUAUUUUUUUAGAUUAGGUUCACAUCAUCAUCAAUGUGUAGCCUUGUGGUAGACGCCUCAAGCUAGAACUUUAUUGAAACGGUAUGAAACACCCUUCAAUCGUAGCGCGGAAAUUUUUUUGUUCGAUCAGCUGUAUAUUUAACUUUAAAAGAUUUAAAAGUUGUCGUCCGCGCCAAACAUUCAUUGCCUUAUAGUAUCGUUAUGAAAAAUCUAGCUGAAAAUAUGCAUCGAUUUACAUUUAAAUUCCAGAUAGUUUUAAUUUAUUUAACAUUUUGGCAAAUAGUUACUCCAAGAUAAUUGGCCUUAAUGAAAUAGAAAAUCUGCCACGUACUUUUCAAGCGCUGUAAUAAGCUUAGUUAAGAUCAAUUGAAAUAUGGUAUUUUCUGUAACUUUUUGCCUCAAGUUAAUGUAGUGUAAUCCUUAUUCUUAGGGUAAAAAGGGAGAAGGAAGUAUAUUAUUUAUUCAUUUAUGUUGUGAUAUUUUAAAAGGGAGGUACAUUUGGAAUGGUUAACAGGUUUUAUUAUUAAUAUUAUGUGUAGAUAUAUAUUUUAAAGUAUAAAUAAAAUGUAAAAAUGCCAUGCUUUUUAUGAAGUGUGCGCGUUAUGCUGAAA